UUUAUAUUUAAAAAGAAAACCCCAAGUCAACUAUCAACAGCUUGGUGAACGCGCAUUGUAGGAUGAGAUAGAAUCAAAGUCCUUGCCUCCCAAGCUUCUUUCCUUCAUCAAAUUCUAUUUAACUGUAAACCUUUCCUCUUCUUCCCUUCAAACCUUUCUCUUUCCCUUUUUCUCUCCUCAGCUCAAUUUUAGCAUUCAAAAAUGAAGAGGGAAGGUCGCCAACAUGGCAUGGUAAGAACCUACCGGAUCAUCCCUUCCCCAUGGAAUCCAAGACCCGAAACCCAAUUCGUUAACGAGCUUGAUUUCCCUCCUACUGCUGGCCUUUUCACAAAGGUCUCAUCCAAGCCUACCAACCACUCCAAGUUCACCGGAAAAUGCAGCAAGCCCCGUUGCUCUGGCUGCAGGCUACACCCGGUUCAGAAGGCCAAGGAUAAAACCAAGGGAUCUCAUAAGUUCAAGUCACACCAUCUCCUCAUUGACUACUACUUGCUGGAUGACUUUGACGAACGCCCCAGCUUUGUCGAUGAUGAGGGUGACGACCACUUACUAGAAGAAAUAGAUAUUGAGUUGAGGGAUGGAGAUAUUCAUCGCCACGACGACGGUGACGAUCAGCCGCAGAAAGUAACAGAUUCUGAAUUGAAAGUCGAAGAUGAAAUGAGUUGCUACAGAGUGGAGUUCGUCGUGGAUGAAACCAUGGAGGGGGAUGAUAGUUGGUGUUUGAUAGAAGAACGACACACAAUCUAAUGGACCAUGGAUGAAGCAAUUGAAAAGUAACAGACACCUUCCAUUCAUGGCUGUGUAACUUCUAGCCUCAAAACUUUUAUCAAUGUGGAUAUGAAUAAUGGUUUCAAACUUUACAAAGUGGGUUCUCACUGUAAAUCCAGGAUCAAAGGGAGACACUUUGAAUAGAUAUCUAACUCUGUUCUUUGGAUAUCAUUUUCAUUCAAUCUUUCACUGUUUUCUAUUUCCCCAAUUUCAGAUGCUACACUUUGUUGAAUUCUGAUGAAUAAAUGAUAACUUCAUAGGCCA